AUGGAGACGGCAACGUCGCCUACAGAGCCUCCUAAAGCUCGAUAUGCGAAGGCUCUCUACGACUUCGUAUCUAACCAAAACGAGGAACUAUCACUCGAGGAAGAAGACGUAGUGACUCUUUCUGUCGGCGUGCACGUACGUGGAGGGUGGAUGUAUGGUGAAUGCAGUGGCCAAACAGGGUGGUUCCCUGCUACAUAUGUGAAAGUCCUUUCUGACGAAGAAGCCAGAGCCGAGGGACUUAUAUCUGGUGGUGAAGACGCCGUCCUCGUAUCUGCAUCGGACUCUAUACAUCGUACGCAACAGGCUAGUCAGGCUUUAGCUGCUUCACUGGCUGGUACUGGAGGACAGUGUGCUGUUGCGUCCAAUGUGUCGGCAUCGUCGACGCCCACUACGACAAAUCCUUCUACACCUACGAUCCCUAAGCAGCAAUUACCGUCGCAGUCGCCAGAGACUGUGGUUAGAACGUCAAGUUUUAAUUUGAAUAAUUCGCCUGAAUCUGGUAGUAGUAGCAGCAGUACGGGCGAACAAGUCAAAUCAUGGUAUUCAAGAUACAAGAAAUCAGCCCGCGGUAAAUCAAACAGUGAAUCCUCUAACGGCCCCGAUACACUACGAAAUAUGCCAUCCGCCAUCUCAUUACAAGACAGCAGCGACAAUUUGGAAUCCGAUGGCAGCAACUCACCCCAACAAUUAUCAUCCCCAUCCACUGCCACCACACAACCACUAAGCACAUCAUCAACCACAAUCAGUGAGCCCAAACCUGAAUGGCUGCGAGUAACAUCCAUGGCCCGAGCUACAUCCAUCCGGAAGUCAAACACGGAUUUAUCAUCCAAACCAACACGAGUCGUGUCUUCCCCCACAUCAAACACGACGAUCUCAAUAGUGGGUGCUCCCGCUGCUUCGAAAAUGAGAUGGGCGGAAUGGAUGGGUGGUGAAGAAGUCAUUGCGAAAUUAAACUUGUCGAAAUCGGAACGCCAGCGGCAGGAGGUUAUUUAUGAGGUUAUUCAGACUGAGAAGGAUUAUGUGGAAGAUUUAGAUAUUGUUGCUGAAAUUUAUAUCAAAGCAUUGAGGAAGAAUAAGCUUUUAAGGCCUAAAGAUCUCGCUGUGAUAUUUUCGAAUAUUGAAAUGUUGUUGCCGAUGAAUCAGGAAUUACUAAAAUUACUAGAAGAACGUCAAGCUCAAAACCACGUAGUCGAUCGAGUCGGUGACAUCUUUAUUCGAGUUUGCGAUUACAUGAAAAUGUACACGAUGUAUUGCAGUAACUACCCUUACGCUUUGGUCAAGUUGCAAGCUUUGAGGCAUUCAAAGGCUGUCCAGAAAUUUCUCGAUCAAUGUCAAGCAAUGCCUGAGAGUCGGCAUCUGAACUUGGCUACUUACUUAAUCAAGCCUGUUCAGAGAAUCUGUAAAUAUCCAUUAUUACUACGAGAACUAAUCAAAAGCACAGACCCAGAAAACCCAGAUUACGAAAUAUGUCAGCAAGCACUCAUAAAAGUCGAAACUGUUGUCACAAUCGUAAACGAAGGAGCCCGACAAGCCGAAGGAGUGCACAAGAUGCUCGAACUCCAAAACAGAUUCACAACAAAACAAAACAUAGUAGCACCAAACCGUACACUCGUCAGAACAGGCAUGCUAGACAUGGUAUCCGCCUCAGGCGAACGUAAACAACGCAACAUUUACCUCUUCACUGACAUGCUGAUGGUGGCCAAGGGAGUUGGAUCCGACGGCGAGAAGCUGAAACUCGUAGCUGCCGUUCCAUAUGAUAUGAUUCUCGUCACCGAUUUACCUGACGAGACAAGCACGUCAUCGGCAAUCACCCGAAUCAAUUUGAUUGAGAUUGUACAUAUUGGGAUUUCGAAAUUCAUUAUGGCUGGAACGUCGUUACAGGACAAGCAAAUGUGGAUUCGAGCAUUAAAAGAGGCUAUUGAUGUUUAUCUGAAUGGUCGCAAGAAUGCUAGUGGAAUGAUUACAAAGGGAAUCACGGAUCGUCGAUUGUUGAAUGUUUUGGUACCGAUCCAGCCACCCUCUGAAGAACCUCCAUCAGCUCCUACUGAUGCGCCAAAAACUCCCAAGAAUGGAAGUGUUAUGGAGCUUAGUGGUAGCAGUAAUAGUCCACGGUCCCCUGGAGCUGCAUCACUGCCUAAACUACCUGCUCUGCCACAACUACGAACAACCGAUUUCGUUAAUGAUGUUGCUUGUGCCACUGGUGUUGAAAUGAGUCCCAGGAACCGUAAAUCACAAGAAAAUGUCAGUGAUGAUAGAGCUGGACAAGGAGAACUUAAAGUCACACAUAUGAAUCAAGCUCGACGAGCGUCAGCUGAAUUACUUACGAUAUCGAAUGCUGGAUUGCCUUCCGCACGAAUGCCAAUUGAAUUUGUGCAAAAGACUGUUUCAACGGGCAACAUGUCUAUAAAUAUGGAUUUGCCGGAUGAGACAUCGUCGGUACUUCAACCUGCUGAAAAGAGCGGUGUUCAGCACUCCAUGUCGACUUCGAGGAUUGUCACAGCAGCAGCAUCAUUCUCCGAAUCGGAUUCGGAUGCUUCACCCAGCAGACCGAUUUCGUAUAUCGAUACUCCACGAGCGAGUACUGGACGACGAUCCGUGCCUGCUCGAACAACUAUGGGAGAUGAUUCUAUUGCUAGUGGUGCAACAAAACAGAUGCAAGCACCACGUAAACCACCACCAGCACGUCCCGAAUUCGAUUCCACACCUUCGAUACCUGCUAAUCAAACAUCUGCCAACAAUAACACCACCAACUCAACGACAUUGAUAGGAAGCGCAUCAUCCCUCGAAUCCAACAAACGAAUCUCAUCAAACCCCUUCAUUGUGCAAGACUCUGUCUCCCGCAUGGCCAAACACAACCGCUCGUCAACUGAAAACAUGGUAUCGCUACGCACAAGUAAUGAAGGAUUCAAUAAGCAGUCUGGUGGAGACAUUGCCCAAUCCAACAGCAAGAGUAGCUUAAAAGCAAGUGCAAGUAAAGGUAGUCUACGAAUCAGUGGCAGCAAGAGCAGUCUACAUGCCGUUGCAAGUCCAAGUACAUCCAUGGAAGGCAUUUCGCAAGUUGCAGGCAGCAUGCCCGCCUCUGUUUCUGAACAAGAUGAAACUCGUACUUCAACAACACAACCACCUGCCACGAGAUCAAGCACGACAUCUCGAUCAGCAACAGCCACAAUGCGAGGCCGAUUGAUUGAAGAACGUACUCGAUCCGUAACUACACCUACACCAAUCCCACUCCAACGAUCUCAGACCAUAUCACCCGCAGUACGAGAAUGGCAAUCCCAAAUCGCUACCCAAAUAACUCGAAAUGGAUCUGGCACUUCAGGACCUACACCGGCACCACGUCCAGUAUCAUCUAACACCACGGUUCUACCACGAGGUGUAGCUGGAUACGUGGCAGCUCUUGAGUCUCAGUAUGCAGACAAGAUGACUGCUGUACUGAGUGAGGUCAAGAAUGUCAAUCGAAGUGGUCUGGGGUUGAACCAUACCAACAACAGCAUGAACAACAACAGUGGUAGUAAUAAUAGUAAUAACAGUAUUAAUCGAGUCAGUGUGACGAGCAGGACUGCUGCUACCGGUGCUGAUAAAUUAGCUAGAGGAGCUGGAACCAAGUCUAGUGUUAGUAAACCAGUGAAAUCCGUUGCCAUUAUGGAUAUUAUUCAGAUGUCUGUUGGUGGGAAGUCCAAGAAAGAAUACAUAUACGUCCUACAGGUGAACAGAGGCGUAGGCCCCGCAGACACAACAACCGACACAAUCCACCACACUUUCGAGGACUUUUUCGACUUCCAUCUCCAUCUCUUGGGACACUUCCCUGAAGAAGCCGGUGUUGUCGCUGGUAGUGACGGUACUUCAAAGUUCAAGAUCAUACCUGAUCUACCUUGCCAAAAGAUUUUCGUGUCGCUGGAUACUGCUAAGCAACGUGUGCCUCAGCUGCAGACCUAUAUGGAGGCUAUCAUCGCUCUACCUCCAAAAGUCUCAAGGUCACCACUAGUGCUCAACUUUUUCAAAGGUGAUGGGAAGGUGUCGUCGUCCCUUAUGUAA